GCCGCCUCAACCUCAACUCAUCUCGCCGGUGGUCGAUCUCCUCCAUCUGCUCGCCGCGGCGCAACCCGGAGAGGAGACCGCGCUCGGUCGAGCACCACCUAGGGCUAGCGUCCUCGCGACGAGCUCCGGCGCGGCGUCCGCCCUCUGCAGCCCCGGUGUCCCCGCGACCGGCUCCGGCGCGACCGGCACACAGCUCCACAGGCCAACGGGACCUGAUUCAUGGCGAAGCAGGCGUACGCCACGAGCAGUCUCGUGGUCGGGUACGCGCUGUGCUCCAGCUUGCUGGCUAUCAUCAACAAGUAUGCCAUCACCAAGUUCAGCUACCCCGGACUGCUGACCGCCCUGCAGUACCUGACCUCGGUGGUUGGAGUGUGGGUGCUCGGGAAGCUCGGCUUCCUCUGCCACGACGCCUUCAACCUCCAGACCGCCAAGAAGUUUGCGCCGGCCGCGGUUGUCUUCUACCUUGCCAUCUUCACCAACACCCACCUCCUCAAGCAUGCAAACGUCGACACUUUCAUCGUGUUCAGAUCCCUGACUCCUCUCCUGGUGGCUAUCGCCGACACCACCUUCCGGAAGCAACCGUGCCCUUCCAAGCUCACGUUCUUGUCCCUCGUGAUCAUUUUGGGAGGCGCGGUCGGCUAUGUGAUGACAGACUCGGCCUUCACCCUCACUGCAUACUCGUGGGCACUCGCUUACCUGGUCACCAUAACUACUGAGAUGGUGUACAUCAAGCACAUGGUGACCAACUUGGGGCUCAACACCUGGGGCUUUGUGCUCUACAACAAUCUUCUCUCGCUGCUAAUGGCACCGGUGUUUGGGUUUCUGACAGGGGAGCACUUGUCCGUCUUCAGAGCUUUUGAGUCAAGGGGGCAGAGUUGGUUUGAGCUUGAUGCCUUUGUGGCGGUUGCGUUGUCCUGCGUCUUUGGUCUGCUCAUCAGCUUCUUUGGUUUCGCUGCAAGGAAAGCGAUCUCUGCCACAGCGUUCACAGUGACAGGUGUGGUCAACAAGUUCCUCACGGUUGCGAUAAAUGUGAUGAUUUGGGACAAGCAUGCAAGCAUGUUUGGUUUGGUUUGCUUGCUCUUCACUCUCGCUGGUGGAGUGCUCUAUCAGCAGUCAGUUACAACAAAAGGCAAUCCUUCAGCAGCAGCUAAGCAGGGAAGAGGUGGUGAUGAUGCUGUUGAGGUGGAUGAGGAGAGCCAGAUGCUGGUUUCAUCUCCAAAGGUUGUCUAAGGUGCAUGAUCACCAAAGAUCCAGUUCUGUUCGUUUUUCUGGACCCAUGUUUUGAAGAUUUGUCAGUCAUGUACCGAAGGAAAUCCAAGAGGCUGCAUUUUUGUUCUAGGAGAGGCUGCAGUAACUUUACAUGAUACAUGUUUGGUCUAUAAUUAUUUUUGUUACCGUGCCUUGUUUACUGGUAAGCUCCAAACCCCGUGCGAUGUUUAAUUACUUAGAACGACAAACCAAUGCGGUGACCAUCUUAUAUGGUUAUUGGCACCUAUCUGGACAUUGUAUACCUGAUGAGGUGACUCAGAUUACAUACACCC